GCAAAGUACUCCAGGAACCGCGACUGUGAGAGUCGUCCUCGCCGUCACCGGUCGUCCCCUCCCGCCUCCAUUCAUUUAUUCCUUUUUUAUUUUUUCAUUCACGGAGGUAGUGAGGCCUGGUCAGCAGCCAUGGAGAGCGCUCUCCCAGCGGCCGGCUUCCUGUACUGGGUGGGCGCGGGCGCCGUGUCUUACCUGGCCCUGCGUAUCUCGUACUCGCUCUUCACGGCCUUCCGACUCUGGGGUGUGGGUAACGACGCGGGGGUCGGCCCGGGGCUCGGUGAAUGGGCAGUUGUCACAGGUGGCACUGAUGGAAUUGGAAAAUCAUAUGCAGAACAGUUAGCAAAGCGUGGAAUGAAGAUUGUCCUGGUCAGCAGAUCACAGGAUAAACUGAAUCAGGUUUCCAGUGAGAUAAGAGAAAAAUUCAAAGUGGAAACAAGGACCAUUGCUGUUGACUUUACAUCAGAAGAUAUUUAUGAUAAAAUUAAAACAGGCUUGGCAGGUCUUGAAAUCGGUGUUUUAGUGAACAACGUGGGCAUGUCCUAUGAGUAUCCUGAAUACUUUUUGGAAAUUCCUGACUUGGACAAUGUCAUCAAAAGGCUGCUAAAUAUUAACAUUCUUUCUGUUUGUAAGAUGACACAGUUGGUGCUGCCUGGCAUGGUAGAAAGAUCCAAAGGGGUGAUUCUGAAUAUCUCCUCUGCCAGUGGCAUGUCCCCAGUUCCGCUCUUGACCAUCUAUUCUUCAACCAAGGCUUUUGUGGAUUUUUUCUCUCGGUGCCUCCAUGAGGAGUACAAGAGCAAGGGCAUCUUUGUGCAGAGCGUCCUGCCAUACUACGUUGCUACGAAGCUGGCUAAAAUCCGAACGCCAACUCUGGAUAAGCCCUCUCCAGACACAUUUGUGAAGGCCGCACUUAGUACCGUAGGCCUGAUGCCUCGCACCUGUGGGUACCUGAUCCAUUCUCUAAUGGCCAUAGUCUCCUCGGCCCUGCCUUCUUGGAUUUACUGGAAAAUAGUCAUGAGUACAAACAAGGCUGUGCGAGCUCGCUUUCUGAAGAAAAACAAGAAGAACUAAGCACUGAAUCCUGCAUUGAGUAACCUGGCCAGACGCUUCUGCCCUGCAAGGUGCCCCGCCUGUCCCCAGUGCCUAUGGCUGUCGUCUCAGUGGUGAACUGCCAUGCUCAGCAUUAUCACAUUGGGAGGGAAACAGAAGUUGCUCUUAGGAGUUCCUGACAUAGCCUAAAACCGCCUGGAAAAUAUUUGAAGGGUAAUAUAGGUGCUCGUGUCAAAUGGAUAUAGCGUAAGUACUACCAAGAACAAUUCAUAGGAACAAACACGAUUAUAACAAAUCACAGAAUGACGAGAGACAGGCAUGAAAAUUCAGCAGUUUCAUCUGGUCCAGGAUGCUAAUGACCGUUACAUUUUCUCAGAAAUAUAUUAGAAAACAUAAUAGCUAGACACUUUUUGAUUAACUUAUAGGCAGGCAGUUCCCAAUUUAUAUAGAUCUGUAAGGUUUUCUAAAUAUAUGAUCAGUUUGUACAUUUAUAUGGAACUCUUCUUUCUCAAAAGUAGCUAGUGACAAAAAUGUGGAUAGCUGGGUGUGUUGGCACAUGCCCGUCAUCCCCGCACUCUGGAGGCUGAGGCAGGAGGCUGGCCCCGGGUUUGAGGC